AUAGCCGAGGCAACCGUGCUCUGUCCUGACCGGCAUUCGGCGGUCCGUACUGACUGUCACUGUCCAGGCAUGGGGGAGGACGCAGCGCAUACACACGGACGGCUCGUGGUGGCACAAGCUUUGACACUUGCGGCCAGCUGGGAGAGGCUCGGACGCCUUUUGAUGACACGGCGGAACCACUGAAGAAACCUCUGUUUACAACUUUGGACAACAACAGACCAUUCAGUAGUAACUUUAUAUAUAUUUAAAGAAAUGACUGGUGCACACUGACGUCCUUUGGCUGUGCUCAGGCGGACUUAAAACCACCAGCAUAUAUAUAUAUAUAUAUAUAUAUAUAUAUAUUUUUUUUUUUUUUACAUAAUAUAAAAUGUAAGAAAAUAUUGACUGGUCAAUCCUCACUCCACCAUCCAGCCCGAAGAAAAAAACCUCCAAUAGAACUACAACAGAAUUGAACAAUUUACGAAGAGUAUCACUUUCUCUAUUUUUCUUGGUGCAAAAUUUCGAUAAAUACCUCGGGAAUAUUCUCCAGACAUCUACCUCCUCCGUCGAAACGUCCAACUCAGUGACCGGAACGCGGCAAAUCCACAUCUGUGACCUCAUACUGCUGUUACCGUGACAACCUGGAUUGCCUCUCAAACUCUUCUUGCUGCCAACAUUAUCUCUGGACCUUGUACCACCUGGAUCUGCGCAUCAUCUAAAUUUCUACCAAGUUAGUUUUUACCCAUUUUGCCGGAGAACACCAGCCUCACCUGUCCAGUAAUAUACCUCAAAUCGUUUACACACUCGAGUCAAGAAAACAGAAGGGAAUUAGCCAGAUAUGACCCAAUCUUGGUGGUUCUUAUUUCAGCAUCUUUCAUUUGCCUUAGAGACUGGUGUAUAGCCGUAGCCAAGGAGUCCUCCGGAGAAUGCUUUUGGACUCCACGCCUAUCCUAUUUCCAUUUACUUCUCAAGUCUGAUAAUAUAGAAGCUUCAACGUUUAUGGGCCAGCGCAGAUAAGCUAUUGCCCGAGAUCCUCCAGAGGAGUGCAAAGAAGGAGGAAACGAAUGCAGACUUCUGGAAGUCACGACUCAAACCAGUGCGUAAUUGGAACGUAAAGACUGAGAAGACCCGAAAAAGAAAUCGAGACAAAGAUGCUUUGAGGGGAAAGAAAGGAAUGCAUCGCUUUCAUUUGCCUCGGCUGUUGUUGUGCCAACCAUGCUUCUCCCAGCCAAUGGCUGCAACCAUUCCCAUGUGGCUGCCUUUUGAAGGCUCUGCUGGCAAAUCCUGAGCAGGCUGGCAAGGUCUGGGUCAACCUCAUUGUCCUGCCAUUGGCUGCUGGAUGGGACUGAGGCUGAAUGGAGCCAGAGUCCAAGAAGCAGAAUAACGACUCAUCGGUGAAAGAUGAGAAAGGGUGGCUCGAUAUGCCAAAGAGGAAAAGGAAGAACAGCCAGUCUUCGAUGAAGAGUAUGUCUGCUCUUAGCAUCUCUGUUCCAGGGUACAUCCCCAGCUACCUGGAGAAGGAUGAACCAUGUGUGGUGUGCGGCGACAAGGCCACUGGAUACCACUACCGAUGUAUCACGUGCGAGGGGUGCAAGGGUUUCUUCCGUCGAACCAUACAAAAGAACCUCCACCCGGCGUACUCGUGUAAAUACGAAGGCUGCUGCAUCAUCGACAAGAUCACCCGCAACCAGUGCCAGCUUUGCCGUUUUAAGAAGUGCACCUCAGUUGGCAUGGCCAUGGACUUGGUCUUGGAUGACUCAAAGCGCGUAGCAAAACGACGCCUCAUUGAGGAGAACCGGGAGAAACGAAAAAAGGAGGAGUUGGUGCGGACGCUGCAGGUGAGGCCGGAGCCAAACACUUCCGAGUGGGAGCUGAUCAGCAAGGCAACCGAAGCCCAUCGUCAUACCAACGCCCAGGGAUCAAGUUGGAAACAGAAGCGCAAGUUUCUGCCAGAUGAUAUAGGUCAAGGAGUGAUGCCCACAUCAGAAGGAGAUAAGGUGGACCUGGAAGCCUUCAGUGAAUUCACCAAGAUCAUGACGCCUGCUAUCACACGUGUGGUGGACUUUGCCAAGAAACUGCCCAUGUUCUCAGAGCUUCCAUGUGAAGACCAGAUCAUCUUGUUGAAAGGAUGCUGCAUGGAGAUCAUGUCACUUCGCGCUGCCGUGCGCUACGAUCCCGAAAGCGAAACACUGACACUAAACGGCGAGAUGGCCGUGAAACGGGAGCAGUUGAAGAACGGCGGCUUGGGUGUGGUCUCGGACGCCAUCUUUGAUUUAGGCAAAAGCCUGGCCCAGUUUAAUCUGGAUGACUCUGAGGUGGCGCUGAUGCAGGCUGUCCUUCUCAUGAGCUCAGAUCGCUCAGGGCUGACAAGCGUGGAGAAGAUCGAGCAGUGCCAAGAGGCUUACCUGCUGGCGUUUGAGCACUACAUCAACUACCGCAAGCACAACAUUCCUCACUUCUGGCCCAAGCUGUUGAUGAAGGUAACAGACCUGCGCAUGAUCGGAGCGUGCCACGCCAGCCGCUUCCUACACAUGAAGGUGGAGUGUCCCAACGAACUCUUUCCACCGCUCUUCUUGGAGGUCUUUGAGGACCAGGAUGUGUGACUAUAAAACUGUGGUACCCCCUUACAAGAACACCUUGACGCUACUUCGGUAAGGGGGAUGCAUUUGGAAAGGAGAGAGAAAAUAUUUUUUUCUUUCUUUCUUCUUUGAUGGGAACAUUUGGGUUCGGACACCCACCACCUACCACCAGCACUCAACGUCACAAGGAGGAAAAAAAUGGCUUUCACUUUAAAUGGUACAGUUAUUUAAACUACACGCUCAAGUAGAACUAUAUGCAGACAAACAAAAAUCCAACAAGCCUAAUGUCUCCCCACACCGACACCUUUCACCUCAUACGGUGUGUUGUUUUUGUUUUUUUCCCCUCUUUUCUCGAUCAUAAUCUCCUCAGACAAUCCCACUCCACUUGCUUCUUUGCACCGGUGGCCGUCGCAGUUCAGCUUGCUCCCCCGCCCCCUCCCCUCCCUGCCUCCCUCCCCAAUUGAGCCGCUGCUACGACAGUGUUCGCCAACCUACCUCCCUCACAUAGUGAGCUCACUAUCCACACAAACACACUCUCGGAAAUACUACAUAAACGCCUACAAUUUUACCUCACAGCUUGUAAAAUGUAGUGUCUUAUUUAUUGGUGGUUUUACACACAAUCAACUCUCUGCUUGUCCUUUUCUAAUGGGCCUUAGUAUGAAGCUAUAAUACAGUAUAUUGUAUUAGUUAGAAUGAAUGCAGCUUACUCCUGCUGUAAGCUUUUCUUUUAUGUUAUGAUGGGCUAUAAUCACAGGCUCAAGACUUUCCAUUUGGAUUUUAUAAUCAGUGGCGGCUGGUGACAUUAUUUUUAAUGUAGACCAACCCAUGCAGCAAGAUAUAAUGAGGACUGGAAGUAUUCCAAAUCAUAUAUAUUUUUCAAUUAUUUGAUUCCGAGCUCCAAAUAAAAAUGCUUAUUUAUUAAGAUGCUUCUAUGGAUCUUAUUUUGCUGUUGGUGAAGUGGAAGCUGGAAUUACUCUUGGCAGGAAGGAAGCGUGGCAGUUGAUAGAAAUAUGGAGAAAAUCUCGAACAAGGCUUGGGACAAUGUUUAUUUAAAAAGCCUUUCUUCCCAAAUGACUUUUUUUUUUAAUGUGCAAUAGCCUCAUACUAGUUACAUAAAGUGAAACUGCCUAGUAUGAAAAAAACAAAACAAUUGGGCCAACGCUAAGCUUUGCUGAACUUGCCCUAUUUGUUAUUCAAGCUCUUUGUAAGGAAAGUUGAGUCAUGUGUGAAACAUUCACCAAAUACUUGUGCCUCCUCUUCAGCUCCUAAUUGUAUGCAGAGCCUUAAAAAAUGGCAUCAGAAAUCCAAGAGGUGCUAAUUGAUCUGCUAAACUUCCCGCGAGGGCUUCCUCAUUCAUUUCUAGGGUCACUUUAAUUUUUUUCCAGUGCCUCAGGAAUGUUAGUUGGCUCACACACUCUUUCUUAACCAGCCGUCCCUGAUUAUAUUGAAUCUAAGCCUCUUAUUAGAAAAGAACACCAUAAUAUCACUUUGCCACAGGGCUCAGGUCAUCCCCUCAAAUAAUAAACUGACACUUUGAAAGUAUUUUUCAGGUAAAGAGCCACAUAUUGUCCUCAGGAGUUGCAAACCAGAACCAAAGGAGAGUGAAUGUUGUCGCCGGGUAAAAUAAAACAUACAUUUAAAAUCCCUCUGAAAUUGCAUGUCAAGACAAAAUGGCAUCGUUAUGCAAAAUACAGUCAGGAUUAGGCUAAGGCAUGUUUUGAGGACGUCAUUGUUGCCACCAAUUUGAUUGUGUUGAGUGAACACGCUGUUAUGUGCAAUAAAAGCAAUGUUAAGAAAAAGAACUGUUAGAAUGCCUGUCUCAGCAUUCUCACCGUUUUUCGAUUUACAAUGGCAAUAGUCUCAAUGCAGUUGAGGGAAAAAUUUCUUCGAUUAAUAUCACUCCUCUUUUGUUGCUUAUGUAAAACCUACAAAACUGGCAGAGGCUGCAUAGGAAUGUUAAAUGUAGUAUUAUAAUACUCAAAGACACUAUAUAGAGUUUAUAUUUCCAACAUAUACCUCCUUUCUAAGCUUCAUCUGGCGCACGCCUCCCAUUUCUCUUUUCAGUUAUGACACGUGACCUUAUUUCUACUUCCAUCUCUAACGAUCAUCACAACUCGUGUUCUCUCAAUGGGCCACUAGCGUAUCUACUAUAACCACACGAUGACACGACCCAACCGCCAGCUCUCAACUCCCGCUGAUGUGUGAAGUGGAGUUGUUGGGUUGAUGUCACUUACCUCGUCACUCAAACUGGUUUCAAAUACCUGCUGAAAUGGACCGAUUCUACCUCACAUCUCAUCUCGGUGCAGCUCUCAUCUGCAACACAAACACUCGAAAAAUAUGAAACACAUGCAUGUGUAGUACUUUAUCAACAAUUGAACGUGGCCCAAGUCAAUAUAUGGGACCAACAGUGACUGUUUUUAGUCAGGAACCUGCUAUAAGAUGGAGGACCCUGUUCACACGUGAUCUCAACAUGGAUCUGUAAGUUGGCACUUCUCUGUAUGCAAAUUCAUUGCAACCCCCUAAAGGUUACAUGCUUUUUUUUGGGUCCAUUAUUUGGUCAAAGCCAUUUAUUGCAAUCAGUCAUGGAUAUCUCGGGCAAAGCAUACCUUUGAAUUGGGCCUCUGACUAAAUGUGGGGUAAUGGGACUCCAGCAGGAGGCAUUUUGGACUGAUCGGAUCACGUCAACAAACUACAGUGAUCGAGGUUAAAUAAACAAACAGCAAGUCUGCAGUUUUUGCAUCUGGAUUCAUCCAAACCAAGAGGAAGGAAACAGCAUUUAGUGUCAUGUGACCUAUGGCAAUAGCAAAGUUGGUGCACAAACUGUGGUUACAAAAGAGGACGCUAAGCCAUUUACAGUUUAAAAAAAAA